GCUUACCCUUCAGCAGCCCCCUCGGCCACCAUGUCCCACGAGACCCCUCUGGGCUCCUCAGCACCACACGCCAGCUGCCUGGACCUGUGGAGGGAAAGGAAUGAUCAGCUAGUUCGACAGGCCAAGGUGGCUCAGGGUCUGUCUCUGAGGCGACAGCAGUUGGCUCAAGAUGCACUGGAAGGGCUCCGGGAACUUCUCCAUUGUCUGCAGGGGCUCCCUGCGGCUGUUCCUGUUCUCCCCUUGGAAUUGAUCGUCAUCUGCAACUUUAUUACCCUGAGGGCGAGCCUGGCCCAGGGUUUCACUGAGGACCAGGCACAUGAUAUCCAACAGGGCCUAGAAAGAGUGCUGGAGACCCAGGAGCAGCUGGAGCCCAGGCUGGAACGUGGGCUCAGUGGGCUGUGGGACUCCGUCCUCCAUUCUUCCUCUCUUCUGCCGGAGCUGCUCCCUGCCCUUCACCACCUGGCUGCCCUGCAGGCUGCUCUCUGGCUGAGCACUGACCAUCUUGGGGACCUGACUUUGCUGCUGCAGACCCUGAAUGGCAGCCAGAGUGGGACCUCUGAGGAUUUGCUGCUGCUUCUAAAAACUUGGAACCUCCCAGCUGAGGAGUCAGAUGCCCCAUUAACCCUGCAGGAUGCCCGGGACUUGAGGGAUGUCCUUCUGACAGCAUCUGCCUAUCGCCAAGGCCUCCAGGAGCUGAUCACAGGGAGGCUGUCCAGGGCACUGAGCAGCCUGCAAGAAGCGGCCUCAGGUCUAUGUCCACAGCCUGUGUUGGUCCAGGUGUACACGGCCCUGGGGACCUGUCUCCGUAAGAUGGGCAGUCCACAGAAAGCCCUGCUGUACUUGGUUUCAGCCCUAAAAGGGGGAUCAACUUGGGGUCCCCCACUUCUGGAGGCCUCUAGGUUAUAUCGGCAACUGGGGAACACAGCAGCAGAGCUGGAGAGUCUGGAGCUGCUGGUUGAGGCCUUGAGUAUCCCUCACAGUUCUGAAGCCCCCCAGCUUCUCAUUGAGGUUGAGUUGCUACUCCCGCCACCUGACCCAGCCUUGCCCUUUCACUCUGGCACACAGAGCCAGGCCAAGUACCUGCUAGCAAGCCGAUGCCUACAGACGGGAAGGGCAGAGGACGCUGCAGAGCAUUACUUGGACCUGUUGGCCCUGUUGCUCGAUGGCUCAGAGCCAAAGUUUUCCCCACCCCCUUGCCCCCCAGGGCCCUGUAUGCCUGAGAUGUUCUUGGAGGCAGCAGCAGCACUGAUCCAGGCAGGCCGGGCCCAGGAUGCUUUGACUGUAUGUGAGGAGCUGCUCAGCCGCAUGUCGUCGCUGCUUCCCAAGAUGCCCCAGCUGUGGGGAGAUGCCAGAAAAGGAACCAAGGAGUCACCACACUGCCCACCGUGGGUCUCUGCCACCUAUCUGCUUCAGGGCCAUGCCUGGGUGCAGCUGGGGGCCCAAAAAGAGGCAAUUAGUGAAUUUAGCCGGUGCCUUGAGCUGCUCUUCCGGGCCACACAUAAGGACAAAGAACAAGGACCUGCUUCCAACUGUGAUCAGGGGUGCACGUCAGAUGUGGCACUACAACAGCUUCGGGCAGCUGCCUUGAUUAGUCGUGGACUAGGAUGGGUGGCCAGUGGCCAGGAUACCAAAGCCCUACAGGACUUCCUCCUCAGUGUGCAGAUGUGCCCAGGUAAUCAAGAUGCUUCCUUUCACCUGCUUCAGACUCUGAGGAGGCUGGAUCGGAGGGAUGAGGCCACUGCUCUCUGGUGGAGGUUGGAGGCCCAAACUAAGUUGCCACAGGAGAAUGCUACAUGGUCUCUGCCCCUGUACCUAGAAACCUGUUUGAGCUGGAUCCGUCCCCAUGACCAUGAAACCCUUCUUGAAGAGUUUCAGACGUCUCUGCUGGAGCCUCGUGACCUGUAGCUGCCGUGUUUUGAAGAGCCUGAGCUGGGGCCCCAGUGGGCCAUCUCUCUGUGGGGAGGGCUUUCUGGUUACCAUCCUUGGGGAAUGUGGCUGGAGCUGCCCAUUCCUAUAAAAGUGGGACAUUGGAGAGGUUGGUGGUAGUCCUGUAAAAUUUGGCCUAGUUACUGCUGUUCUGGUUCCCUGCCAGCAACAAGGCAUUGACUUUGCUCGUGGCACCUUUUUUCCUCUUUUCUUUUAUUGAGUAAAAUCUCAUAUUUAUCUCU